AUGUCCCGGUCAACCCCUCGCAAACGCGGCCACGCCCGCCACUCCUCCGCCUCCGGCCAUGGCCCCCGUCCCGUGCAGUCCGACUACGAAUCCGACGCCGCCCACUACAUCGACUCCCACCCAGUCCCCGUCCCGAACCCGGCCCUCUUCAACCGCACGAACACGGACCUCAACCUCUCGGUCCUGCGCCGCUACCUCCCCUCCAUCAACUCGACCCUCUCCAUCGCCGCCAACGCUGUCGUCUACACCUUCAACCCUUCUCUCCCCGGCUGGGACAAGACGGGCAUCGAGGGCACCUACUUCCUCUGCAUGCAGGACCCGGCCCCGGGCGCCAGCUCCGCAACCCCCCGUGCCUGCAUCUUCGUGCUGAACCGUCGCGGCCUCGAGAACGUCAUCCUCGACCUGGGCGACGUCGCCGACUUCGAGGUCGUCGACGAGAUCUACAUCUUCCGCCUGCGCGGCGGCGAGGAGGAUGGCAGCAAGGUCAUGGGCAUCUGGAUCCACGCCGACAAGGACGACACGCGUGUUAUGAACGCCGCCCUCAUCACCGAGACGCUCAGGCACGUCCGCAUCGCCGAGGAGCAGAACGCCGUCGCCGGCGGCGGUCCCGCCCCGCAGGAGGAGCUGGGGCCCGCGAUGCAGGCCAUCGGACGCCGGCUGAGCCUGAGCGAUCUUUUCGGCGCGCAGAACGGGGUCAAGGGCUAG